CGGUGUAUUAGAACGAUGACGUCCAAUAGCUUUCAGUUGGGUGGUACUGGAUUUGGAAAUGACAAGGCCCCGUCUACCGGCAGUGGAGAGGGUGACUUCACGAAUGACCCAGCUAGCAGCGGUUUCUUUUCUGAGAAUUUUAAACGACAUGAAGAUCUUAAAGCCAUGCUUGAUGGAAAUAAGGAUAACCUAAAACUGGAUGCUAUGAAGAGAAUUAUAGGGAUGGUAGCAAAGGGGAAAGAUGCUUCAGAUCUAUUUCCAGCUGUUGUGAAAAAUGUGGUUUCCAAAAACUUAGAGGUCAAGAAGCUUGUGUAUGUCUACCUGACAAGGUAUGCUGAGGAGCAGCAGGACCUGGCCCUCUUGUCCAUCAGUACAUUUCAGCGAGCACUCAAGGACCCCAAUCAGCUGAUCAGAGCCAGUGCACUGAGGGUCCUGUCCAGUAUCCGUGUCCUCAUGAUCUCCCCCAUCAUGAUGCUGGCCAUCAAAGAGGCUGUGAUGGACAUGUCACCGUAUGUCAGAAAGACGGCAGCUCAUGCCAUUCCAAAGCUUUACAGCCUGGACCCUGAAAGCAAGGAGCAGCUUGUUGAAGUGAUUGAGAAGUUGCUAGGAGACAAGACCACUUUAGUAGCUGGGAGUGCCAUACAAGCCUUUGAGGAGGUAUGUCCAGAGAGAAUUGACCUGAUUCACAAGAAUUACAGAAAACUGUGCAACCUGUUGGUGGAUGUAGAAGAAUGGGGUCAAGUGGUCAUUGUUGGGAUGAUGACUCGCUAUGCUAGAACCCAGUUUGUCUCGCCCAAUCAAGAGGGUGCUGGAGAAGAUGGCAAGAAUUUCUAUGAAUCAGAGGAGGAUGAGGAUGAAAAGGAGGAAACAGAAGAAAAUGAAGAUGAGCCGAAGAAGAAGCCGUACAUUAUGGAUUCAGAUCAUCGCCUGUUACUGAGACAGACCAAACCACUGCUCAACAGUCGCAAUGCUGCUGUUGUAAUGUCUGUGGCACAACUUUACCAUCACUGUGCACCCAAGUCAGAAGUGGGCGUAGUGGCCAAGGCUCUGAUUCGCCUACUGAGAGGUCACAAGGAAGUCCAGUACAUUGUGCUGAGCAACAUUGCGACCAUGACUGUGGCACGGAGAGACAUGUUUGAGGCUUACUUGAAAAGUUUCUAUAUAAGGUCAAGUGACCCAACUCACAUUAAGCUUCUGAAGCUUGAAAUUCUGACCAGUUUAGCUACUGAGACCAACAUUUCCGUAAUUCUAAGAGAACUCCAGACAUACGUCACCAGUACUGACAAGGAGUUUGCUGCAGCCACUAUCCAGGCCAUUGGGCGAUGUGCCAGCAACAUCGCAGAAAUCACAGACACCUGUCUCAGUGGACUAGUCCAUCUCAUGUCCAACAGGGAUGAGAGUGUUGUAGCAGAGAGCGUGGUGGUGAUAAAAAAGCUGCUUCAAAUGCAGUCAACAGGAAAGGGACGUAAAACGACCACAGAACAUAAAGACAUCAUAACACACAUGGCAAAGAUGGUGGACGAGAUCACCGUCCCCAUGGCGAGAGCGAGCAUCCUGUGGUUGAUCGGGGAGUACAGCGAGAGGGUGCCCAAAAUAGCCCCUGACGUUCUCAGGAAGAUGGCCAAGUCAUUCAUAGAUGAGGAGGACAUAGUCAAAUUACAGAUCCUUAACUUGGCGGCCAAAAUGUGUAUCACCAACUCCAAACAGACCCGCCUCCUGUGUCAGUAUGUGUUCAAUCUAGCCAAGUACGACCAGAACUAUGACAUCCGAGACAGGUCUCGAUUUCUCAGACAGCUGAUUCUCCCUGCUGAAAAAGGACCACUAGCAAAACAUGCCAAAAAAAUACUGCUAGCCUCAAAACCUGCCCCAGUUCUUCAAUCAAAAUUUGAAGACCGAGAUCAGUAUCAGCUGGGAACCCUCUCUCACAUUCUGAACAACAAAACAACGGGAUACAAAGACCUCCCAGAGUGGCCCGAGGAAGCACCUGACCCCUCGGUCAGGAAUGUGGAGAUCCCUGUCCCAGAAGUCACCACCAAAAAAAGUGAAAGAAAGAAGGCCGCAAAAGAUAAAAGCUUCUACUCGGAAUCAGAGUCAAGCUCAGAAGAUGAAGAUUCAGAUGAAGAGAGUGAUGAUUCUGAUGAGGAUGAAGAAAGUGAAGAGGAAAGUGAGGAGGAAUCAGAUGAUGAAGAUGAAAGUGAGGAAGAAGAGGACUCUGAGGAUUCAGACAUUCCUCAGAAAAACAAUGCUCCUCCUAAACAAAGUGCACCCAAGAAAGCACCCAAAGUAGAGAAGAGUGAAAGUGAAGAGGAAGAGGAGGAAAGCUCCUCUGGUGAGGAGAGCUCCUCGGAGGAAAGUGAGGAGGAAAAACCUCCACCCAAGUCCAAGGCCAGCAAAAAGAAACCAGCCAAGGAAACAAAAGCAGCCAAUCAGAACAACACAGAUUUAUUACUGGAUUUAGAUUUAUUUGGAUCUUCUAAUGGUGUGACCAGCAGUGGGGGCACCCAAGGAAGUAUUCUGACCCCCAGUAUGGCCAGCGCCAUGAGUAACUUGACAAUAAGCGGGGCAUCAUCUAACAGUUCUUCAAAUUUUGUUCAGCCUAUGAACAUCCCCCUAAAGUCCUAUGACCUCCUGAACAGGAUGACUGGCAAUGGACUAGGAAUUACUUACAAGUUUACCAGGACCAUUUCUGUGUUCUCUCCCAAAAUGGUUUCCAUAGAACUCACCUUAACAAACCAUGGGGAAAGUCCAUUAUCAGGCAUCAAAGUGGGCAAAAAGACUUUACAACCUGGUAUGGAAAUACAAGACUUCCCUGAAAUAGCAUCCCUAGGAACGGGAGCCUCCACCUCAGUCCUUAUGGCCAUCAAUUUCAACGACACCACACAGCCAGCCAAGUUUGAGAUUUGUACGCUAGAGCAAACAUUUAAAGUCAGUAUAACGGCUCCCGUGGGGGAACUACUACAACCCCACACCAUGGGCCUCCAGGAUUUCACCCAGCAGCAAGGUAAACUUAAAGGAAUGACAGAGAACACAGGAAAAGUAACAUUACCGAAGGAGAAGUCUGAUGCCAAGUCUGUGGUGACAAACGUCCUUACAGUGGCAAACAUGCUCCAGGUGCCGUCUAGUGAAUCGGACACGGUCUAUCGAUUUGCGGCCAAAACCAUGAGUGAAGGAGUGUUAGUGCUUGUAUCUGUGUCAGUGAACGAGGAAUCGGCAAACAUUGUGGUCAACUGCGAGAAGAUGGUGAUCGGGACUAUGUUACUUAAAGACCUCAAAUCUCUACUGGCAAAGAGCUAGUGGAAUUUCGUUUAUUAUGUUUUUACUGAUAAAAAAUCAUUGACAAUCAGACUUCAAGAAAAUUUGUCAAAAUGUUCUUAAAUGAGGAUUUGAAAGAACCUAAGAUUUCUAAAAUACUGUUUUAGUGCUUUAUGUAUUUAAUGAACCAAGAGUGAUAUAGAAAUUUUUUCUGAAAUGAGAAAAAUUAAUAAAUUCCAUAGUUUUUUUUUUUUUAAUGUGAAAAAUAUUCCAUUGGUUAUAAUUGGAAAAUAACCUUUUAUUAAUGAGACAACCUCUGCAGCUAAGUUAUGAAAAAAUCAUUGACUAACAUUUCCAAUCAUUUAAAAGAGGGGGUGUAGUACAUGUAGGUUGUAAAAGGUCACUCACAAAAUAAGAUUAUAUGGGGAAAAUCAUUGGAGACUUUUGUAGCCCAGGUGUAGUUUAAGUGCUUAAGACAAUUGGGGCGUAGUCUUGUAAGCCAAAGGGCAUGUGCAACUAUGUAGAAUUAGUCAUACAUUUAUUUCUAAGUAUGAAAGUAUUUAAUUGCUUUAAGUUGUAAACCAUGAUUGGAUGUACAUGCACAGUAGAUGUCGGUAUUGAUUGAUCUUUUAUUUUACAUUGAUUGAGUUGAUUCAGUUCGGAUUCUUCCCUUUGACAGAUUGUACAAUUUUUAAUAGGUAGAAAAAUGAAAAACUGAAAAAAGUUUGAUGUGGUGUAUUCAUUUGAAAACCAAAUUGAAUGAUAAAAAGUUGAAAUAUCAGUGAAGCAUGUGUAUUUAUGUGAUAAUUGAGAAGAAUUUGUUUAUGAAUGCAUUCAUAUAAAUAUAUACUAGAUCAAAUAUUCUUGUUAUUCAAUUAUCUGUGUCAUUCUUCAUGUACAUCAAUCUUUUAUGUUGCUUUGAUAUUGAAGAUUUAAUAAAAUAAAACCAAGUUA